CUUCAUUGAUAAUUCAAUCCAUGCAUCCAGUCAACAACAACAACAAAAGAAUUCGAAGAGGUAGAAAUUAGUCGCGGUUGGUUGCUGGCUCUGGUUGGAGAAAACAGAAAGAAAAUCAAAUCCAAUAAGCCAUCCCCUGUUUCAAUUUUUCAAAAGGCAACACAAAAAAGCUAAACGUGGGUAAGAUAGAUAAAUAGCAGAACCCCUGAACCUCCACUAACCAUUCCGCUCUCCGGCCAGCUCCCAAAACCUAGGGAGUAGAGAAGACGGAAGAGCAUGGCGGGCGAAAUUAAAGCGGGAGAAGAAGUGGUUGUGGCCGCAGAUGUUAAAGCCAUCGACAAGGAGAAAUCAUCAUUCACGGGCUACGCGUUGAGCCCAGCAGCCCGUUUGUUCCACUCGCCCAAGUUCAACUGUUACAUCGUCGCCAUCAUGGGCUGCAAGACCAAGAUCAACCCCGCCGUCGUCAAGCUCGGACUGGAGCGCACGUUGAUCAAACACCCUCGUUUCUCCAGCAAACCGGUGGUUGAUGGUUGCAAAGGCAGGAAAAUGAAAUGGGAGCAGACUGAAGUCAAUCUAGAUGAUCACAUUAUCAUUCCAAAUCUGGAUGAUGGCGAUGUGGUGGAGUCACCGGAUAAAUUUGUUGAAGACUAUGUUUCUCAUCUCACCACAUUGCCAUUAGACUUAAACAAGCCAUUAUGGGAGCUACACUUGUUGAACGUGAAAACUUCUGAUGCAGAAGCUGUUGGGGUGUUCAAGAUCCAUCAUUCCAUAGGUGAUGGUGCCUCAUUGGUGUCUCUUCUUCUAGCUUGUACCCGAAAAUCCUCCGACCCUGAAGAAUUGCCUACUGUUCCCAUGAACAACAAGCCUUCUCCUGGUGCUGCUGCUCUCUCUGGUGGGGUGUUUUUGUUGAUUUGGACGUUGCUGAAGCUGAUUUGGAACACUUUGGUGGAUUUGUUUCUGUUUGCUGCUACAAUGUUGUUUCUGAAAGAUACAAAGACUCCGAUCAAAGCUCUAAAAGUGGAAGGACAGCAGCUCAGGAGGUUUGUGCACCGUACUGUUAGCUUGGAUGACAUUAAGCUGGUGAAGAAUGCAUUGAAUAUGACGAUCAAUGAUGUCAUAGUCGGAGUAACACAAGCUGGUCUCUCGAAAUAUCUAUACCGAAGAUAUGGUGAAGAUCAGCAACAUAGGGGAACAGAAAGUCAGAAACUCGAUAUUCCGAGGAACAUAAGGCUUAGAGCAUCAGUUCUAGUUAACUUAAGGCCAACAACCGGGAUCCAGGAUUUGGCUGAUUUGAUGGCCAAGGGACCGAAGGAGAAAUGGGGAUGGGGGAACUGGAUAGGGUACCUAAUGCUUCCUCUCACCAUUUCCUCACAAGAUGAUCCUCUAGAACAUGUUCGAAGGGCGAAGUCCAUAAUUGAUCGAAAGAAGCUCUCUUUAGAACCCGUUUUCACAUGUCUGGGCGCCAGGAUAGUCAUCCAGACAUUGGGAGUCAAGGUGGCUUCUUGGAUUGCUAACAGAGUCCUUUUUAACACUACAUUAGCCUUCUCAAACAUGGCCGGUCCUGUAGAAGAAAUCAGCUUUUAUGGUCACCCACUCUCUUACCUUGCUCCAACCGUCUAUGGCCAUCCCCAUGCGCUGACGAUUCAUUUCCAGAGUUAUUGCAACACGAUAACCAUAUCUCUGGCUGUUGAUCCGGGAUUGAUUCCUGAUCCUCAUGUGCUCUGUGGUGACCUUGAAGAUUCUCUUAAAGCCAUCAAGGAAGCUGUUGUGCAGAAAUUUGUACAGAAAGAUCCCGGUAUUGUGUAGAGAAAGAACAAGUAAUGGCAGAAAACCGUCUUAGCUUUCACCAAGAGAUAGAUAGGUACAGAGAACGCUCUGAAUAUAGAGAUGUUAAGGAAAUGGCCAGAGGACGAUACUAUGCAGAAAUACAUGUAAAGCACAGACUACACAGAAUCACCGAUAGAUGUUAAAACAUCUUUUGGUUUGUAAGGUACAUAUUCACAUUGUUUUGAUUUAGGAUUGCUAGAUCGAGUGAGUAUAAAAAAUCCAUUCUUGUUGCUGGUUGUGUUUUGCUGGUCUGUCAAAUGAAUAAGAGAUCGCGUU